UUAACAACAGCGCCGUUCUGGUGUACGUACGCAAUAUUACUUCUAAACUCGAAUAGGAGAUCGCAGUUUGUUGUGGUUCGUUGUGUCGUUUGUUUCUUUGUUGUCCGCAUAGAAUCUUGAAACUCAAAAUGCCGAAGAAACAGAAAAGUCACAAUGCCUUUUAUUAUUUUAUGCUAGAAUGGAAAAAGCGUAAUGAAAAGAAUGGUUAUUUUUAUGCAAAUUUAAUGGAAGUUCAACAUGAUCCCGAAUGUAGUGCAGCGUGGAAGAAUUUAUCUCCUUAUGAAAAACAAGUUUAUAUCGAUUUAGCAGUUGAAAAAAAACUUAGACAGACUUAUAAGGAUAAAAGAACUAAUACCGGCGAAUCAAUAAUUCUUGUUAAAGAAAAAGAACGCGAGUUAACAGAAUUUAAGAUACAAAUGCGAAAAUAUGUAACAGAUAUUGUUAAUGAAGGUCUAACGAAUAAUAAAUUGAGCGAAUAUAAAUUUUACUUUUUACACUUUAAUUGGUUAUAUAUUACCCAAGAUAAAAAAAUAUAUGCACCUGUUGAAUAUGCUAUUGGAGUAUUUUCAUUACAAAAUGGUAUUGAAAAAUUUCAUCAUAGGCUUAUCAAUAUAAAACCUGAUUUGGGAUAUACUUGGGAAUCUAUAGAAACUAGUCGAAAUAGUCAUAAAAUUCCUCCCGAGUUUCCUGAAGGUGAAAAAGAUUUUUAUAAUUUGUACAUGGAUUUAAUAGAGUUUUUGGAGCCUGAUAUAAUUGGUGAUCGAUAUCCACCAUUUUUUGUGACGAAUAAUAUAAGUAAAGGCGUACCAUCAUUUCUUAAUCAGUUAACUGAAGCUGCAGAUUGCGAAAAUACAUUUACUGUAUAUUCGAUUGAAUUUUUAUAUACUACAUUGCGUAAUGCUACGCUUAGUAAAAAAUGUAAUCCGGAGGAUUUCGUUCCUAUUCCAGAAGCUAUAGGUGAACAAGAAUUUAUGACAGACAAAUAUUCGUUUGAAAGAAAUAUUGAAUGUGAUUAUCAUAAAAAUAUAGACGGAGGGAGCCAGUUUUGUAGUUUAGCUAUAAUAAAACGAUGGGCAUAUACUAUUUGCGAUUACUGUUGCCACGAGUUAGGAAUUGCAUUAAUUCCUGGUAUUCAUUGCUCUCCUAAUAGAAUGAAAAACAUUUUAUGCGACAAGUUACAGAAUGUUUCAUUGAAUACUAAACAAUACAAUGACACAAAAUUAUGUCCAUUUGGAGUAAAUCGGGAUAAUAUAAACAAUGUUUCUAAAAAGACGUCAGAAGAAAAAUCAAGGUGCUGUAAGGACGAAAAACCGUUAAAAAUAAUCGACUACGCUAAAAUUAACGAAUCACAGUCUUCUGCUGCCGUUUCUCGUUCUGUUAAAUUUGAGAGACCACUGAGACCUCCAAAUACAAGAAGCUUUGCUGCUGUUACUGCUGGCUCUAGUAAAAAUAUUGAAAAUCAAGAUUUUUCUGAUGUAAACAUUCUAUUAGCCAAAGGAAGAGGAUUGAAUAAGAUAUCGAUGAUGACUAAACAUUUAACUGGAAGAGGACACGGAGGCAUUUAAUCAUAAACGAAAUAUAUAUUUUUAUUAAGAGA